AUGUAUCACCUUACACCCACCUACCUGCUGCUCAUGUCACGCUACGCUGAUCUUGACAGCUCUAUACAGAUUUCGUUCAUCACGUUCUUUAGUGAGACGGACAAGCGGCAAGCACGUACCCGCGCGCGCGUGUUUCGUGGAUCUAGAACCACCGUCACAGACGAGGUGAGACACGGUCCAUACAGACAGCUGUUUCAUCCAGAGCAGCUGAUCACGGGUAAGGAAGAUGCAGCCAACAACUAUGCUCGCGGUCACUACACAAUCGGCAAGGAAGUUAUUGAUGUCGUACUGGACCGCAUCCGCAAGUUGACGGACCAAUGCUCAGGCCUGCAGGGAUUCCUAGUUUUCCACAGCUUCGGAGGAGGAACCGGAUCCGGCUUCACCUCUCUCCUCAUGGAACGUCUCUCUGUCGACUACGGCAAGAAAUCUAAGCUGGAGUUCUCCAUCUAUCCCGCGCCACAGGUGGCAACGGCUGUGGUUGAGCCAUACAACUCCAUCCUGACCACCCACACUACACUGGAACACUCCGACUGCGCCUUCAUGGUAGACAACGAAGCCAUAUAUGACAUCUGCAAGCGCAACUUAGACAUCUCGCGUCCGACGUACACGAACCUCAACCGUCUCAUCGGACAGAUCGUAUCCUCCAUCACUGCCUCCCUGCGCUUUGAUGGUGCCCUCAAUGUUGACCUGACGGAGUUCCAGACUAACUUGGUGCCGUAUCCUCGCAUCCACUUUCCGCUGGCAACCUACGCUCCAAUUAUUUCUGCCGAGAAGGCUUACCAUGAGCAGCUGUCUGUCUCCGAGAUCACGAACGCCUGCUUCGAGCCCAACAACCAGAUGGUGAAGUGCGACCCGCGCCACGGCAAGUACAUGGCCUGCUGCCUGCUCUACCGCGGCGACGUCGUCCCCAAGGAUGUCCAAUCAGCCAUCGCAGCCAUCAAGAUGAAACGCUCGAUCCAAUUUGUUGACUGGUGUCCGACCGGCUUCAAGGUCGGCAUAAACUAUCAACCACCCACCGUUGUCCCGGGCGGGGACCUCGCUAAAGUCCCUCGUGCUGUCUGCAUGCUGAGCAACACCACCGCAAUCGCUGAAGCCUGGGCGCGUCUUAACCACAAGUUCGACCUGAUGUAUGCGAAGCGCGCCUUCGUGCACUGGUACGUCGGGGAGGGCAUGGAGGAGGGAGAGUUCUCCGAGGCGAGAGAGGAUCUGGCGGCGCUGGAGAAGGACUACGAGGAGGUGGGCACAGAUUCCUUCGAUGAAGAAGACGAAGGAGACGAAUAUUAGAUUAUUAAAAAUCGCAAUCUGUUUAUCGAGCAAUUACAAUAAAUCAAUAAUCAAUAUACAAAUAUACAAAAAUCAAUUACCUAAUUCUGUAAUUUUUCUUCACAUUCAAUUUAGAAAUGGAAUCCUUAUGCAUGCUCGUUCAUUGAUUGGUAAGAGUGUGGAACUCGUAAUACUAGUAUGACAGACAUGUGUUUUUUAUAUUACGUGAUCAUAUUUUAAUAAUAUAAAUCUUCUAAAUUUUUAAAGAAUACUGUCGUUUUAUUAUUUAACACUUCUAUGUGUUGCGCACACAUAAAACAAGUUAAAUCUGGUGGAGGUGAUCACAGGUGAGUAAAACAAACGAUGAUAAGUGCGAAAGAUUCACGAUUUAUUCUAUCGCGAGUUCUGCAUUGAUCUACAAUGAUAUCACUGCUCUUCUAGUUUUACAAUAGUUACGCGAGUGCGAAAACUAGAAAGUGGAUCUUACCGCAGAGCAGAAAACAAGAUGGCUGACGUCGUCGUCAAGACAUGACGCGUACUUACAAUUAUUCAGUCUAGCGUUUGUCGAAUGUUGUACGGUGUUAAUAAAUGUGCUAGAAAAUCGAGA